AUGGAGGAUGACCCAUUCCAAUUCUUUGAAGUUCCAUUCAAUGACAUCAACGAAGAUAAUCAUAACGGUCUAAUAGAACAAGAGAACGACUCCGAGGACACAUUGAAUAUACAAAGCAAUGAGGGCAACGACGUUGGAACAAGGAAUGGAACGACACAUCAACAUCGCGGACAAUCUUCAAAACCUUUCGACAACUGUCUCACAAAUAACAAAAAAGACAGUAACGGAUCAGGUUACUAA